AUCCUAUCUGCCAGGAUGUGCUUAAUUUUCUGUGCGUGGAAAGGUGCGCCAGAUCGCGCGGAUAUGGUAAUGUUACACAAAUGGCCGCGGAUUCCGACUGACAAGAGGAGCUGCAGUGAUUUCCCAGUGAUGAGUAGUGAAAGCACUGCUAUAGGGGAAUCCGCCCCAUUGGUGGCUGGGUAUUUGGGAAAAUCUCAAGAGAGGUUGCACUUGGAAAAGAACUGUCCAGUGUGUGCUGCCAAAGGUCAGACGCAGGCCCUGCGAGCCUUCCACAUCAGUUUUCAGGAGUCUAUCAUCCUCUGUGGAAACCCCCAGUGCAUUUUUCCUCUAGGAAGCAAACCUCUGGCUGACAUUCUCUUGCAUGGUACGUCAGAGAAACCUCACAUUGCAAACAGCUACGCGAGGAAGAGGACGCUCAGCAGCUCAGGUGAAACGCAAGCUGAGCCUUCCUCAAAGAGCCCGAAGGCAGCGGAGGAGAUUGACCCAGCUCAAAAUACAUCUGGAACCCGUGUUGUCUGCAAACCUUGUUCGGUGGUUUUGACUUACAGCAAGGUCUGUGAAAGUAAAUUGCAGACUGAAGGCCAGAAUGUGCAUUACGUUGACACCAGAUCACCGCCAAAAGAGUUGGACUUCUCAUGUCCAGACCCUUGCAGCCCAGGCAAAGACACAAAACAGCCAAGCCCUGCAAAAAACAAGCCAUGUGAGGUGACAUCUGAAGGUGUGCAGGAAGGCUCUUCAGAAGAAUUAGUUCCUGCUCCUCCCUUUCUCUUCUGGAAAAAUCAACAUUCACUGUGUUGGCUGGACAGUUUAAUGGUGGUGUUAGUGCAUUCUAGCGCUGUGAGGGAAAAUUUGAACACCCUGCAAUCUGACAGCUCUCCACUCAGAAGACUGUGCACUGAAUAUGACAAAGCACAAGCACUUUUACAAGAGGCACAGCGGACCAGCAGUGAAGGUGAAGUCGGUAAGAUCCCCUCAGGAGUCCUCCUACAGGCAGAAAGUCUCUUAAAUGAAAUCAGAAUGUCUGUUUUCAACCUUCUGCAACCUAAACUGCGCUGCAAACUGGGAAGCCAGGAGAGCCCUGUCUUCGCUCUGCCCCUCCUGCUCCAGCUGGACCAGGUGACCGAAGAGCUGUUCAAGUCCUCCUUUCACUGGGAGUUCGCCUGCUUCGCAUGUGGCCACAGCUCUAGGAGCAGGCGUGAAAAUACUUUAACUACGUUUACGGGUAUUAUACCAGAGUGGAACCCCUUGAAUGCAGCCCAUGCUUCGCCAUGCCCGAGGUGCGACCAUAAACAUCAAAUGAGGAAGAUGGUGUUGGAAAGGGUUCCCCCCGUUUUUAUGCUUCACUUUGUGGAAGGCCUACCUCACAACGAUAUGAACGCUUACGCGUUUGACUUCCAGGAGAUGCAGUAUGCAGUCUGUGCUGUAAUCCAGUAUGAUCAGCUUGUGAAGCACUUUGUCACCUGGCUUCAUAAUGAAGAUGGUACAUGGCUGGAAUGUGACGAUUUAAAAUACCCUCUCUGCAUCCAUCACAAGCACUUGGAAGUUCCCUCUAAGGAGAUUCACAUUGUCUUCUGGGAUGCCUGUAGGAAGAGCACUGUGACAGGGUCUGGCCUCCAUCUGAAAGAGGAGUGUGUCAAGCAUGUUCCCCCUGAGGAAGGCACAGCAGCAGAAGCUGACGCCCUGGAUACCUCUCUGCCCCUUCUUGAAGUGGACAGCAGUCUCUCUGACAUAGUCGCGCAGGAGGAGAGCGAUGAUCUUUCUGCUCACGCAGGCUUAAACGCCACCUUAACGAACUCUGAUAUGCGGGAUGCGUUUGAGGGUCUGUCACACAACGAUAUUGUUACCCUGACGCUUGUUGAGGUCAAGGUUGAUGCUGAAGGGAGGCCGCUGGACAGCCACCGGGUUCCAGACUCCACAGAUUGCAGUGACCAAACGGCAGCUCCUGAGGAAAACCGGCCUGGGGGUGAAGACUUCGGUUUGUUAAAUAACAGCAGCGGGUCACCUCCUCCCAGGGUGAACCAGAGCUCUGAAACGCCUGCUAGUCUUCUUUGUCCUGCUGAGCUGUGCGGGCCGCAGACCAGAUCUUCAGAAAAGGCCCCGGUCAGUGUGCAGAGCUCCCAGCAGACUCCGAGGGAAAAGAGAGUGACAGUUGAUUCCAAGAACCGAGAGGAGUUUGGAACAGCUGCUAAGGUUCCUCCGGCAUCGGAUGUUCGCACCGCACUUUCUCCAGACACGACUUCGCCUCCAGCAGCCACUACAACUGCUCUCCCCGCUACUGCUGCUGCUUCUGCUGUGAAUGGAGGCAAAUCAGGAGGAUCUGGAGAUAAGUGGAGUGUUCAUUUCCUCAACAGACACCCAGUGUUAAGAUCAAGCAGCACGCAUUUCAAAGCUGUUCCUGUGGCACCUUCCCGACCCUCACAACCCUUCCCGACCAGGGAGCAGCAGAGCCCCAGACCCUUGUUGGCGCUUGGAGACGACGGGAAUUUUCCAGGGAAGUCGGCGGAAAUGUUUGGGGGUUUCAGAUCGAAAGGUGUCGCGACUUCCAAGGGCAGCUUGCCGUCCCGAGAGACGGGGCUGAAGAUGCAAGAUGUCUCCGAAGAGGCUCUUUUAAAACCUCCUUGCCCACCGUCCCCAUGUUUACCCUUGAGCAAAGCCAACGUUAUCAGCUCCCCGUCUUCAGACUCCGCUGGUUUCCCUGUGAAUGCCACCAAGCCGGAUCCGAGGAAAGCGGUCAGCACGACGUCGGCUCUUAAGGGACACGACAAGACCGACAAACUUCGUUACAAACUCCUUAAAAAGCUUAAAGCGAAAAAGCAGAAGCUGGCUUCCCUCAACAGCUUAUUGAAGUUAAAUGGGUUUGGAGAUACUUCUGUGCUUCCGGAGAGUCACAAAUCCACUGUGCAUCUAGACGCUAAGAAAAUCCUCCAAAGACUGGAAAGCACCGAUACGGAAUCCAUGUACACUGUUAGCUCAGCUUCUUCCUUGUGCGCCAGUCCCAGUUACGAUGAAUUCUUCGCUGACCUCUUAUCUCCAUCCACAACUGAUAGCUCUGUGUCCCCGGACAGCACUGACUGUCUAGAGAGGCUAGCAAAUGGGAAACAGGUGAGAGGACUUCUGGACGGCUCCACCACUAAGCAGAACUGUUACCAGGGAUCCAUUCCCUUACAGACUCAGGGCCCUAACUUGGCCGUUUCUGAAUCGCCUUUCGCCGUCACACAAAACGGUCUGUGUUCCACUGGUGAAGAUAUCUUUGAAGAGCUCAUGUCCAACUCAACACUACAGUCAUGUGAAGCAGAGAGCACAGACCUCAGUACAUUUGACCUUUUCUUUUGAGUUUUGCCUUUUUUGUAUUCUUGUUGACAGCGGUUAUUUAAAAUUUGUACUGUAUAGAUUUUUUUUUUGCUUAUGUUAAGCAUUAGCAGACUGAAUAAGCCUGAAUCACGAAUCACAGCACUUGUAUUUUUUUUUUAAUGUGUGACAUUUUAAAAUACAAAUUGAAAGCAUUUGUUGUGAAUUUAUACUGGGUGACAUGCUCGUGCACAGUUGUUGUCAUGUUUUGUGUAAAGAUCUGUAUGAUCCCAGUAACUGGGCUAAAAUUCUUGUGUAAUAAAAGUUAAUUCUUAGUGGUGUAUUUUGUAUAACACUAGAUCUUUGUGUGUUUCCAGUUGUUUAUGGCCUUUGGCUAUAAAGUUAGGUUAUGUGGUCUGAUGGCUCCGCAGUUUUAUUAAGGAUGACCCUGGCUGUAAGCUUCCACUGAGAUCUAGUUAAGAUUAGUAGAAAGAUUCAGACUUGUGAAGAUUUAUAAGAAAAGGGCUGCAGCUGAACUACAGAGGAAGACCCAUGUAGCCCGUGAAUAUGUGAGACAGCAAUGUUGUGCACAGUAAUUUAAACACUGUUGUCAGUUUUAAUUUAGACAUACAAGUCUGCAUGCUUCUUUAAUGGAGCUUAUUUUGUAUAAAGCUUUUUGUAAAAAAGUUAUUUUUUAAUAAACUAAGAGAAAACAUUCAGUA